GGAGCAAUGGCGACACCGUUCCGCCCAAUUGCGUCACACGCCUCAACAUACAAGGUUAUGAAUCAUGCGGAUAACACCAGCCUCGAAACAAAUCAGCGUCGACGAUUCAUUGAUCUCCUCAGUAUAACAAUAAUGGCAACAUUAUCAGGCCUACUGCAUCAGAGUUUCAUGGCUUUCAAGAGCGCAUAUAACAUGAGUCCAGAUAACCCGCAACUUCGAGUCAGAUCAGUCUCCAAUCAAGACAGAUCCUAUUCUAUCAUAGGAAACAUAAUAUGGCCACUCAUUCGGUUCGACCUGGCGGUCCAUCUAUCAAGUCCCCACUAGAUUUCGCAGACAGUCCACUAAGUCAAGCCAUUUCCACGCAACCCCUACUCCUCGGCGUUUUUCUCAACCUUCAGGAUAUCCACGUAUCGUCGCAACCCACAACUAAUUCCUGGACUUAUGACUACAAUCUGGCCUGUGUCCAGGAGGCCGAGCGCCAGGGUUUCGAGCUGGCGUUUUCGCGCAUGCAAUGGCUGCCUAAGGGUGGUUACGAUGGAGAAGCAUCUCUGGACGCCUUCAUAGCUUUGGGCGCAAUGGCGAGUGCGACAAAGACGAUUCAUCUCAUAUCAACUCUCCAUGUACUUUAUGGACCUCUACAUCCCCUGCAUCUUGCAAAAUGGGGUGCUACACUGGACCACAUUUCCAAAGGACGGUGGGGACUUAACAUCGUGACUGGGCAUCGCGUCGUCGAGCAUGAGAUGUUUGGCGCACCACCUGGUGGCAGAAUCGAGCAUGACCAGCGAUACUCCAGGUCUUCCGAGCUUCUAGACGUUGUGAAGUCGCUCUGGGCCGAGGACGAGAACAUCAGCUACGACGCCACUGAGAAAGGUAAUGGGAAUACCUGGCGGCUCAACAAUGCUUGGGUAUCUCCGAAACCGCUCUACGGGCGACCAGUGAUAGUCAAUGCAACUGGUUCGCCUGCUGGGAUCGAAUUUGCCACGGAUCAAUCCGAUAUCAUAUUCAUUACUUCUCCCGGUGGCGCACACAUCGACAGUGCCCUAGAGACGCUACCGGCACAUAUUGCGAAUAUCAAAGACAUUGCACGCCAGAAGGGGAGGGAUAUCAAGACGCUUAUUAACCCCAUCGUUGUAAGUAGAGAUACGACGGAAGAAGCGGAUGCUUAUGCCACUGCUAUCUGGAAGGGUAAACCAGGACAAGAGAACAUUCAAUCAUUUGGGCAAAACAAGCAUUACGACAGUGAUGCCCAGGCUUGGAAAGGAAGAAAGGACGCUAGCCACAAGCAAGGCCUAAACAUCGGAGGAAACAUAGAGAUCAUUGGGAGUCCGGAACAGGUGGCUGACCAGAUUGAGGCGCUCCACAAAAUUGGCAUUGAUGGAAUUCAGCUAUGCUUCUAUGAUUUCCUUCCCGAUCUGAAGCAUUUUGGAGAAAAGAUUCUACCAUUGCUAAAGGAACGGGGCCUUCGGGUUUGAUAGAGAAUCAAUAGUCUUACAAAGCAUAGCUUUUCAGUCGUGCGUGGCGUUCUAGGGCUAUAUCUUCCUUUCUGGUGCACCCCAGAUGUAUC